AUGUCACUCUUUUCCAAAGUUGUCCGAUGCAUGCGCACGAUUGCACCUCUCGAGUUGGCUGACACGACAUGGGAUAACGUGGGCAUCCUUGUAGAGCCUCCAUUUCCUGCCACCCACUCCAACAAGGUCUUUUUGACCAUUGAUUUGACACCUCAAGUACUCGAUGAGGCGCUCUCUGAUCCUUCUAUUGGUGCCAUUGUUGCAUAUCACCCGCCUAUUUUCCGUGCCAUGAAGCGUUUGACUCAAGAUGAUGUAAAGCAAAGUAUGGUAACCAAAGCUAUUGCACGUGGUAUUGGUAUCUAUUCUCCACACACGGCGUGUGACAAUUGCGUGGAUGGUGUCAACGAUUGGCUUGCUAGCGGUUUGGGUAAAGGAAAUGUGCAAACCAUUAUUCCAGCUCAAGCUCCCCCAGAAGGUCAAGAACAAGCAGGCACGGGUCGUGUGUUUACAUAUGACACUCCUACUCCUAUUUCCACUGUCAUCGAGAAUGUCAAGAAGCAUAUCGGGUUGCCCUAUUUACGUGUUGCUGAGGCUUCCAAGGAUCACGUAAUUCAGACCGUGGCUAUUUGUGCUGGUUCAGGCUCAUCGGUGCUUAACCCUGUCAAGGCGGAUCUGUUUUUGACGGGCGAGAUGGGACAUCAUGAUGUAUUGGCUGCUGUAGCUCAAGGCACGAGUGUCAUUUUGUGUGAACAUUCCAACACUGAACGUGGCUAUCUAAGUGCUGUUCUUAAGGAUAAACUCCAAUCGAUGUUACAACAGGAUGGUAUUCAAGUGGUAGUGAGUCAAGUGGAUAAGGACCCAUUGGUGAUCCAAUAA